AUGGCGCUCUCCACCUUCCGGCGCGUGCCACUCGAGGUCGUCGAGCAUAUCGCCAACUAUACCCUUGAUUCCGUCCCUCCCUUCGGCUACAGCCCGCUGCUGGCCCUCAUCAAGACCAGCCGCGUAUGCCAUGCCGCCGGUACGCGCGUUCUGUACCGCGCCAUCCACAUUGGGCCUUAUUCUCCCGCCCCAAUCCUCGAAACACUCGCAGCCAACGUUGACUAUGCCAAACGAGUGCGCUCAGUUUGGUUGUUCGCGCCGCAGCGCGAUGUCGUCCCCGGGCACGGAGACGAUUUCGAGAAUCGUCUUCUCGAAGCCUUUGCGAACCUCACCCUCGUCCGCGCGCUUCACGUGGCACACGGCUGCGAAGACCUGCUGCUCGGACUUGCCACCAUACCACUCCCCCUCCUCCGCGCUGUUCAUUUCGACAAGUUCGGUCCACGCGCGGCCGCAUUUAUUGCUAAUUAUCCGCAACUCGAGUUUGUGGAUAUCGAUUACACGCCGCGACACGCCCAGAACCUUCCUCUCCCCUUUCUCGCCAAUCUGAGCGUCUUCCGCGGGGCGUGUUCACUCGCGGCCCUCCUCUGUCAUGCCACCCAGCCACUUACACAUCUUCAACUCACCGAAGAAGAUGACAGCCAUGGCGCCUCUCGCGUCUUCGCCUCCUUGGACCCUGUGUCUACCCUACGGGCUGUCUCAAUCGACCACUUCUCGUGGGAUCAAGAGCUCAUGGGCGCUCUGUCACGCGCAGCACCGAACCUGAUAUCUAUCGCCGUCGAAGUGCGGGAUUGGCCAACGCACAAGGUACUGGAGGAGUCCUCGGAUGAUAUCAGCGAGAGAGAGGCGUUCGUAGAGUCGGUGGCCUCUGCGCUCCCGACGAUGCGACAUCUGUUCCAUGUCGAUAUCAACCACGCGCUCCAUAUGCCGGUUGAUGGCGAGCUUCCGCGUGCCGGGGACAGCGCUGCACAGUUCCAAAAGCAUAUGCAGCAACUGGACUACGAAGCGGCAUGGGUCCACCGCUGGGGCGCUGCAGCUCCUGUUCUUGGUGUUUGCACACUUCUCGCUGCGCGCUGGUGGCGAUUAGAGGACAACACGUGGACUCCGAUGACAAUGUUUACAGAUCCCGAAAUGGCGGGCCACGUCUCCUCCUGGACGCGGGCCCGACGAACAGCAGCGGAGUUGAUUCAGACCGCGGCUGCUGGUAUCCGUCGCUGGGAGGAGAUCAGAGUAGGAGCCUCAGAUUUCGCUCGCCGGUUGAAGGGACUUCAGGCCUUGCAAGCGGCGAGUGGGCAGGAUUUUGAAGUUCGAUUUUGCGUCUAG